UGAUGUAUAAUUAUUAGAGAAACCAGAACUGAAGAACCGUCGAAACGUAUAGGUUAAAUACGAUUUUAAUAAACGGCUGUAAAACUUCGUGUUUUUACAACGGUUUUUGAGUGUUCAAGGAUCAUUAGUUUGCAACUUUUGAAGUUUAAAGUGCCAUUAAAAUCAGUACCUUAACUACGGUGUUGAAUUCAUGUCUGCCUUGUAGUUUUUGUUGCAAUUUAUCUAGAAAUAAAUAGACCUAGAAAAAGAACAUCAUGAAUUUGAACGGGAACAACGAGAAGCCAUCAACGGCGGAAGACGAAUACAAAAAAGAUCCAAAAAUUAAAAAGGAAGACAUAGAAGAAUUGAGAAAAUGGGCCAGAAUGCAACCAGAUCUACCAUUUAAUAUUUCAGAAAAAGAACUCAUAUGCUUCUACCACAGUUGCUACUACAACAUAGAGAACGCCAAGUCAUGUAUGAAAAACUAUUACUCGAUUAGAAGCAAUUCACCAGAGUUCUUCAGUAAAAGAGACAUCGACAGUCCCGAACUCAAACACAUCAAUACGGUUGUCUACUUUGGCUGUCUGCCGGUGCGAGAUCCGAAGGGCAACCAGAUAAUCUUCCACAAACUGAAGAAGUUUGACUCGGGCAGCUACAUUUUCGACAACAGUGUCAAGUCGUUGUUCAUGGCGUUCGAGGGGUGCACUCACCAGUACGGCACUGUGCCUGGCUAUGCACUGCUCUUCGACAUGAAGGGAGUCGGCCUCUUCCAUCUGAUGCGGCUCAGCAUAUCGUCGCUGAGGAAGAUGUUGGUCUAUCAGCAGGAAGGUAUGCCGAUUAGACUGAAAACCAUCCACGUCAUGAAUACAAACUCGCUCAUGAGUAAAAUAAUGUUCAUGAUGAAACCGUUCAUGAACAAAGAACUUAUUGAAAUGAUUCACUUCCACACAGAAAUGGAGCCCAUCUACGAAAUAUUCACAAAAGAUUGUUUGCCCAGUGACUAUGGCGGUAAUCUAGACAGCUGUGAUGCACUCCAUGAGCAAUACAUCGAACACAUGCGAAGUCUGAAAACAUUUUUCGAAAAAGAGGAAGCUAAUUUGGCCGUGAAAAACUCCGACAACCCAUUGAGUGAAAAAGAGGCAUUGGCCAAUUCAAUUGAUGGCCUCACCAUUCAUUAAUUUCUGUGGAAAAUAUUAUUUUGUAAGGCUCAGCUAUUUUUGCCAGUUAUAUGGACUUUCCUGUGAUUGUGACUGGUUUGUACAGUUUUAUGUAUUGUUGUUACAUUUAUUUGAAAAGUGAGAUUUUGUCUACUAAAUAGUGAGAUAAAAUAGUGAUCUUCUAUGGUAGUUGUAUUACUGUUAAUAAAACUGUAUUAUAAUUUA